CAAAUAAAUAAAUAAAAAUUCUUACAAAAAAUAUCUGGACAUCUGAACAAAGAGCUAGAGGUCGUGAUGUGCGAUACCUGUUGUAGGCCAGUGAAAUUAUUUUUUUGAAGGCCAAAAAGCGUUUAGUUGCUUGGAUAAACAAUUGAUGAAAAACUGUAUAAAUUUAAUAACCAGUCAUGAUGUUCUACAGGUUAAUAUUUUUAUUAUUCUUAAUAUCAUUUUCUCAAUCAAAGGAGAAGUAUAAAAAAAAAGACUUAAUAGUACUCCGAGAAGAAGUAAGAUCGAUGUUUGAUCAUGCCUAUUCAAGUUAUUUAAAAUAUGCUUAUCCAUAUGAUGAACUACGAUCCCUAAGUUGUGAUGGUUUUGAUACCUGGGGAAGUUUUUCCCUAACUCUAAUAGACGCCCUAGACACAUUAGCUGUAAUGGGUAAUUUCUCGGAAUUCCGUCGAGUCGCUGAAAUAAUAAGUGCUCGAGAGAACUUCGAAGCCAACAUAAAUGUAUCUGUUUUCGAGACAAACAUCAGAGUAGUCGGAGGAUUAUUAAGUGCGCAUUUAUUAAUGAAAAAAGCCAAAAUGAAUCUACCUCCAGGUUGGCCAUGUAAUGGACCACUACUUAGACUCGCCGAAGACAUGGCGAAACGCCUUUUAGUGGCGUUUGAUACACCAACAGGUAUGCCUUACGGCACAGUAAACUUAAAAUACGGUGUUCCCCCAGGAGAGACCAGCAUAACUUGUACAGCAGGUAUAGGAACAUUUAUUCUAGAGUUUGGUACCCUGUCAAGACUUACUGGGAAUCCCGUGUAUGAAGAGGUGGCCAUGAACGCCAUCAAAGCCCUCCAAUACUACAAGUCUAAAAUCGGUUUAGUUGGGAAUCAUGUUGAUGUUUUGACUGGUCAUUGGACCGCUAGAGAUUCUGGGAUUGGUGCUGGUGUUGACUCUUAUUUUGAAUAUCUAGCUAAAGGAACCCUUUUGUUCCAAAGUCCUCUGCUAGCUGGAAUAUUCCACGAGCAUAAGAGAGCCAUUGAAAAGUACAUCCGACGUGAGGAUUGGCAUCUUUGGGUGUCAAUGAAUGAGGGCCAAGUUACACUACCAGUGUUUCAGUCAUUAGACGCUUAUUGGCCAGGUGUUUUAAGUCUUAUUGGUGAGACUGCUGAUGCCAUGAAAUUCCUUCAUAACUAUCACCGAGUCUGGAAGCAAUUUGGGUUCACUCCGGAGCUCUAUAACAUCGCUCAAGCUGAAGCGGGGACCAAUAGAGAAGGGUAUCCAUUGCGACCGGAGCUCAUUGAGUCGGUGAUGUAUCUUUAUAGAGCUACCAAAGAUCCUUAUUUAAUUCAAGUUGGAGUUGAUAUACUUCGUAGUCUUCAGCACAGUGCUAAGACCACUUGUGGGUAUGCGACAAUCAAUGAUGUUAGGGAUCAUCGGAAAGCUGAUAGAAUGGAAUCAUUCUUCCUCGCGGAGACGACCAAGUAUUUGUAUCUGCUUUUUGAUUCGGAUAAUUUUAUUCAUGGGAAUGGACAGGCUGGUGAAAUACACAAAACACAUUGGACUGAUUGUGUUAUUUAUGCUGGAGGGUAUGUUUUUAACACCGAAGCUCAUCCUAUUGAUCCUGGAGCUCUUAGUUGUUGCAGACCUCAACAAAGUUUGCUGCUAGAUCGGUCUGAUAUUAAACAAAAAAUCAAGAUCUUUCGGGGAAGUAAAAAAAAGGUAGUAAAUGAUCAGAAAGAAGCUCAAGGAGUUGGAAAUGAUGGUGAUGAUGAUGCUGGAAAGAAAAGUGAUGAUGAAAAGGAUAGUGAUCAGAGUAUUAUGAUAGAUAAUAGCACUUUGGAGAUGAGGAAAGAGAGUGUUGAUGAAACUGAAAGGAAAGAAGGUGGAGUUUUAGGACCAGAUGUUAAUAAAGGUGUUGAUUCUGGUAAUGAUUAUAAUAAUACUCAAUAUGAAAAAUCAACAAAUGUUCAUGAUUUUGAAUUUUUGCCUAAUAUUUUGCACGAGAGAUUGAAAAAUCAAAAUUUGUAUCCUAUUAAUGAAACUAUGAGUGAAGACUAUCAAGUCUUGUCGUGUGAAUCACAGCCUUUCCUUCAACGAAUUUCAAUUGUUGGUGAAUUUUUCUGAUAUGAUUUCAUGUUGUUGUUAAAUGUCAACAUCACGAAACAGCACUGAUUGAAUAAAUUUAUUUUUUAAAAUA